CUUCCGCUGGGGAAGUUUGUAGGAGUCUGGGCUACCGGCGCGGCGUAGCGGAUGCAGCAUCCUUGUUGAGGACGCCCUGGUGGUUUGUCAGGACCCGGUUGUGUAUCCUCUUCAAGCUGGUUUCUCCCCGGCUGACCCCGUUCACGAUCGUGACCUCAGUUAUCCUUCGUAGACACUUUCCACACCUGUGUCUCCAGCCCGCACCGCUCCGAUCUGCCCUCCUUGGCGCUGUGCUUCCCCAGAGGGGUGGCCUCGCUCUUCCCAUGGACAUGGCCCAGAGGCCCAUCUCCAGACACAGCCACUCGGGGCUCCGGGCUUCAGUAUAUGGAUUUAGGGGACGCAAACAAUCAGUCGACAGCGGGGCCGCCCUGAUUCCCCUUCCUGCCCAGACCUGUGGGCUGAGCCUUCUUUUUCUUGGGAAUGGCCAUUUCGGGAGCUGUGUGUGUUGCAGGAGCCGGUGACCUUCAGGGACGUGGCCAUCUACUUCUCAAGGGAGGAGUGGGCGUGUCUGGAACCCAGCCAGAGGGCACUCUACCGGGACGUGAUGCUGGACAACUUUAGCAGUAUGGCUGCCCUGGGAUUUUGCAGCCCCAGACCAGACCUCGUCUCUCGCCUGGAACAGUGGGAGGAGCCGUGGGUUGAAGACCGGGAGAGACCUGAGCUCCAGGCAGUGCAGAGGGGCCACUGGCCAGGGGCAAGGAAAUCUGCAGACCCCAAGAGACACUGUGACCAUCCAACUUGGGCUCAUAAGAAAACCCAUGUGAGGCGAGAAAGAGCCAGGGAGGGAAGCAGCUUUCGGAAGAGCUUCGGGCCGGACACGGAUGACGGGCAGCUUCCCAAAGCUGCUCCAGAAAGGACAGACGCCAAGCCCACGGCUUUUGCAUGUCAGAUGAUCACACAGUGUUGUGGCCAGCGGCCGGGCCGCAGAGAGCGCCGGAAGCAGUGCGCAAUGGAGCUGUCGUUCAUCUGCAGCACGUGCGGGAAGGCGCUCAGCUGCCACAGCCGGCUGCUCGCUCACCAGACGGUGCACACAGGGACCAAGGCCUUCAAGUGCCCCGAGUGCGGCCAGACCUUCCGGUGGGCUUCAAACCUGCAGCGUCACCAGAAGAACCACACGCACGAGAAGCCCUUCUGCUGCGAGGCGUGUGGGCAGGCGUUCAGCCUGAAGGACCGCCUGGCCCAGCACCGCAAGGUCCACACCGAACACAGGCCCUACUCGUGCGGCGACUGUGGGAAAGCCUUCAAGCAGAAAUCCAACCUUCUCAGGCACCAGCUGGUGCACACCGGGGAGCGGCCGUUCUACUGCGCGGACUGCGGCAAGGCCUUCCGGACCAAGGAGAACCUCAGCCACCAUCAGAGGGUCCACAGCGGGGAGAAGCCCUAUACCUGUGCCGAGUGUGGCAAGUCCUUCCGGUGGCCCAAGGGCUUCAGCAUCCACCGGAGGCUGCACCUGACAAAGAGGUUCUACGAGUGCGGCCACUGCGGAAAAGGAUUCCGCCACCUGGGCUUCUUCACGCGGCAUCAAAGAACUCACAGGCACGGGGAGGUGUAGGGGCCCCCGAAGCGUGGGGUGCUGUACCUGUGCGGGAGUACUGGGCCCUGAGGGAGAGCUGCAGUGAGAAGUUGCUCUUCAGCCUGGAAAAUCAGCCUGAAAAGGAGCCUUCUCAGUCCUCAGAGCUCUCCAGUUCCCCGAGAAGUUUUACUGGGAAAACUGCCAGGUGGGAGAAGCGAAUCCAUGGGUGUGCCGGAGAUGGUGGGGGCUCUGGAGAUGGCAGGGGCUGCACCCCGGUGCCGGGCACCCUGGGGAAGUGCUGAGAGCAUGUGCGACCACGGAGCCACAUGCCAGGCCAGGCGCAGAGGUGGAGAAGCCUGCCCGGUGCUCACAGCUGUCUGGCUCAGGGACUCCACCCUGGCCCUGAGUUGCUGUCUGCUGGGCCUUUCCUUCCUGGCUCUGCACUCCAUGCUUGCUGCCUGGUCUGGCUUCCCUUCCUGUCUCUGUCUUGGGCGAGGCAGCUGUGAGCAUUGCACAGCGGCAAAGAGCCUCCUGCAUCCUCUGCACUGGGCCAUAGAAACAAGAGCCUUUGUAGUGCUGAACCUUGUUCAAGGAUUAGGGAGUGGUGCUCAGCUGGUUAGGUCAGGGCCACCCCCAGUGUUGCAGGGAUGGCCUCCACCCAGCUCUGUUGGUCAGAGCCUGGGUCACACACCUGAAAUCGGCAGAUCGAGUUGGGUCUCAGGGCAGUGAGGUGGCCAUAUUCACCAUAGUGCAUUUCGUGGGGAAGAGGUGAUCUCUUGUCUUAUCCAGCCAGAAAUAAAAAUCUGCCAGUGGUGAUCCCAAGGGAAGACCCUGUGGAAAUGCAUCGGGGACACUGCCGUGAUUCAGGUUAGCUGAAUUGUUGAAGGAUUUUUGCUUUUGCCUGUUUUUCUUUAAGAAUUGCAGCCAGGGCCGGGCGCGGUGGCUCAAGCCUGUAAUCCCAGCACUUUGGGAGGCCGAGACGGGCGGAUCACGAGGUCAGGAGAUCG